UUAGUGUAUGUCAUAUCUAAGGACUAAUUUACUUCAAUUUUAUCCUACACUAACCUAAUUCAAUUACUUUUUCUUAAAGAAAAAACAAGACGCAAAAGCUUAAACUAGAUUUUGAAUUUAUGAUUUUAUUUCUGAAUCUUUAAGUUUAUGAACUUCUUACUAAUGAACCAAAUUUUGAUAAUAUGUAUGCAUUGUCGCGCAAGUGUGUAUUAUAUAAAGCCUUUUUUACUUUGCUUAGUUACAUUGUUUAAUACCAUAAUAGUUUUAUUAUGUAUUUGCUUGGGUAAUAGAAUACGAAAUGGAUGAGCUGUCAAUUACUUGAAAGUCAUUAGCAAAAAGCUAAGCUCGUUGUCAAAAACACUUAAAUAAGGACGAAGAUGAAAAAGUGAUGAGAAUAUGAGAUUCUAAACAAGAUAGAUAUACUAAUAAGCGCCACACUAACCGCAUUGAGAUCAUAAAACGAAGUUAUAAUUAAUCUUCACACCUAAAGACGAUGAAGAAACCUCCUCUUCCGCUUUAACCAUUUAUAUAUAUCUUCUUGUUUCUUCCAAAGAUACUUGCUCGUAUAUAAAUCUCCUUGGAAUCUGCAAAACACCACAAAACUCACUUUUGUCUCACUUUCUUCCCUCCCCCACCACAAAACUCACUUUUGUCUUGCUCUCUCUCUCUUUAAUAAGUGAGAGAAGAUCUCUCACUCUUGGUCUAUCUAACGGUCGGGAACUAAAAAUGUUUUCUCACCGUUGCUUUGUUCUCUUCAUCUUCUUCCUCGUUUCACAUUCUUCGGUUACUUCCAGAAUCUUGCCAAAGAUCUCUGUCACUACUUCAACGAUUCUUGAUGUCUCCGACUCCAUUCGCAGAACCAAGGGUGCGCCGUCGUUUCAGCUGAACCAGCAAGAAGAACAGAGUCACACUCCAUCUUUUUCGUCCUCUUCAUUUAGCUUGCAGCUUCAUUCACGAGCCUCCGUCCAAGGAAAUGAGCACUCAGACUACAAGUCUCUCACGCUAGCUAGACUCGACCGUGACUCAGCCCGAGUCAAAUCCCUCAUGGCUCGUUUAGAUCUAGCCGUUAACAACAUAACCAAAGCGGAUCUCAAGCCCGUUAUUACCACAAUGUACACCACGGAGCAGCAAGAGAUCGAAGCUCCUUUGAUCUCCGGCACGACUCAAGGAAGCGGCGAGUACUUCACACGCGUGGGUAUCGGAAACCCGGCGCGUGAAGUUUACAUGGUGCUCGAUACCGGAAGCGACGUGAACUGGCUACAGUGCGCCCCUUGCGCCGACUGUUACCACCAGACCGAGCCCAUCUUCGAGCCGUCGUCUUCCUCUUCUUACUCUACACUCUCUUGCGACACUCCUCAGUGCAAGGCCCUCGAAGUCUCCGAAUGCAGGAACGCCACGUGUCUCUACGAGGUUUCUUACGGAGACGGCUCUUACACCAUCGGCGAUCUCGCCACCGAGACGCUCACCAUCGGCUCAGCUUCCGUCGAUAACGUCGCCGUCGGGUGUGGACACAGCAACCAAGGACUGUUCGUCGGCGCCGCCGGUUUGCUCGGUCUCGGCGGCGGUUUGCUGGCUCUGCCGUCGCAGCUGAACACGACGUCGUUCUCUUACUGCCUCGUCGACCGCGACUCGGACUCGGUUUCCACCGUCGAGUUCGGGUCGGAUAUCUCUCCCGACGCCGUCGUGGCUCCGCUGCUGCGUAACCACCAGCUCGACACGUUCUACUACCUUGGACUCACCGGGAUAAGCGUCGGCGGCGAGAUGCUUCAGAUUCCGAGCUCUUCUUUCGAGGUGGACGAGUCGGGAGGCGGAGGGAUCAUUAUCGACUCGGGAACCGCCGUGACUCGGCUCCAGACGGGAAUCUACAACUCGCUCAGAGACGCGUUCGUGAAAGGGACGACGGACUUGGAGAAAGCCGCCGGAGUUGCGAUGUUCGACACGUGUUACAAUCUGGCGGCUAAAACGACGAUUGAGGUCCCGACGGUGGCUUUUCAUUUUCCCGGCGGGAACAUGUUGGCUUUGCCGGCGAAGAAUUACAUGAUUCCGGUUGACUCGGUGGGGACUUUCUGUCUCGCGUUUGCACCGACGGCGAGUUCGCUUGCGAUAAUCGGGAACGUGCAGCAGCAAGGGACACGUGUCGGUUUCGAUUUGGCGAAUUCUCUCAUUGGAUUCUCGACAAAUAAAUGUUAGUAGCAUUUAAUGUUUUUUUCUUGUACUUGUUGUUGCAAAGAGUUGUGUAAUGAAUUAAAUUCUUGGUCGUGGCGUUUUAACUCUGACAUCCCAGUUCAGAUGAUGCUUCUGCUUGCCGUACCCCACCAACUCGGAGCCUUGUUUUGUUUUUGCUAAUUUACAAAUUAAUCUUCUAC